CCGAGCUGUGCAAGUCAGAUGCACAACGGUCCUAUGAAGAAGAUGGUGUUUCCCAGUUAGAUGUCUGCCCCAUAUGACUCUAGUCACAGCCGCUGGAAGCGGCUUCAAACUCUUGCUACGGAGAUCUCCUCAAGUUGGCCGUGGCCUUGCAACGAGCGUAGACGCUUCAGACGUUGAUAAAGCACGCAAAUACUGUCUGAAUCAGCUCAGACAAGGAGAUUACGAAGCGUAUCUUAUCCGGCACUUCAUCCCCAGCUCGGCACGGGAUGCAUACGAUGCUCUCCGGACGUUAAACCUCGAACUUGCUCGCCUGCCCGAGGCUGUGUCAAACCCAACGAUCGGCCGCUUUCGAAUGCAGUUUUGGCGAGACACGAUUAGCAGCAUAUUCGCCGGUAACCCACCGCGGGAGCCCAUCUCGAUAUUGUUGCAUAGCGCCAUCACGAACCUCGCAGCACGGGCAGGAGCCAGCAGUACGAGUUCCAUCAAGUUCUGGCUCCUGCGAUUUAUCAGCACGCGGGAGAAGCACAUAGAAAACAGGCCAUUCGCAAGUCUAGCGGCCUUGGAAGACUACGCUGAGAACACGUAUGCCACCCUGAUGUACAUGACUCUUGCAGUGAUGCCAAUGCGAUCCAUGCAUAUGGACCACCUGGCGAGCCACAUUGGCAAGGCAUAUGGCAUUGCCGCAACUCUACGGGGCAUACCGAUCCUUGCGGUGCCUUCACAACCCAUACAAGGUCCGUCGGGAUCCAAUGUUGGGAAUACUCGAAGCCCAACGUUACUGCUCCCGCUUGAUGUCAUGGCAGAGGUGGGCUUGAAGGAGGAAGACGUCUUCCGCCGCGGGCCUAAUGCCGAGGGCCUUCAGGAUGCCGUUUUCCAAGUCGCUACCCGUGCUAACGAUCACCUCAUCACGGCCCGCGAGAUGCUGAAGAAGUUGCAAGCCGGUCAGGAACCCGGACAUGAGUAUGAACACGUGGGGGAGCGAGAACACGCAUACCACGGACUAUUACAGGGCGACGAGGAUACUACAUCGAACGUCAAGCGCGGAUUUGGUGUACUGUUGGAGGCAAUCGCGGCAAGGGAUUAUCUUCAGCGCCUAGAGAGCGCCAAUUUUGACCCUUUCACGGUUAAGAACAGCUGGAAGUUGCCCUGGGGACUUUGGAGGUCGCUAAAACGGCACGAGAUAUGAGAUGUCGGAAAGUGUAGCACCUCCAUCCUGGUGGGAGGCAGCGGGGCUUGUCGUAGAUCAGACAGUGUUGUAGAACACUCAUCAGGUUGCUGAGAGACCACAUUCAGAAAGUCCACAACCUCGCUAUCGCGAAUUCAUUUCGCUCCAGUCUAUCGGUAGGGGUGACGAGACCAGGUUUCGA